AAAAUAGUUAAAUACUCCGUAAAAAUUAAACUGAAUAGAAGCUAGACUAGAAGAGAGACCAAAACAAAAACAAAAACCAAAUAACACGCCAUUUUUAGCAAACGUUUUCCUCUACAUCGAAUCUUUGUAUCCUUUCUCUGAGAGUGGAUCUCUGCCCAACCCCCACUUGGUCCACCUAUAUAGCCCCUAGUCGGUGUUAUCUUCACGGUUUCUAGCGAUCGGAGCUGGACUCAUCCUUCUGGUGAAGUCACGUUGUGCACCUGUUCCCUGAGAUCUGCAUCUUUGUGAGUGUCCUAUUGGACGCUAGUACACUACCAGCUGGAGCAGGGGGCUAGUUUUGGAGGUGAGAAGAAUCUAAUUCAUUACCCAACAAAAUUUUGCAUGCUGAACAGAUGAGAAGAAGAACUGAUGUUAUUAGCAAUAGAAGGUGGGGGUCUUUUCUCUUCUUCAGCUUCUGGGUAUAGCUCAUGCAUAUCCCUUCUUCUGUUGGGCCAGAAUAGUGAAGAGAAGCCCAUCAAAGUUACCCCGUGGACCCAAUACCAAUUGGCGAAUCACGGAAAAACUGAUACUCAUCUUGCACUGGCUUCCAAGAAAAACAGAAAGCUUCUUCCGGGGUGUGCUCCCUUUAUCUGUUUCGGUCGUGCUUCCUCUGGACUCGAUAGCAGCCCUUCUUGCCUAAAGGUAGGUUCCACGCAACACCAAGAAGUAUCACCAACAGGACCUGGCCCAAUAUCUGAGAAGUGUGAGGACAUUCAUGCUGUUGAAGAGACAAACACAUCAACUAAGCUUGUACUUAAGAGCAGCUUAAAGAGAGUGCCUAAUGGCAUAGAUGUUCAAGUUGGUAGUGACAGUGAUUGUAAGACAUUAAGUGAAGGAAGCAAUGACAUCCCUGACGAUAAUACGCAAAGAAGGAAGGUCCAUUGGACAGAUACACACGGUGGAGAGCUUUUUGAGAUCCGAGAGUUUGAAACUAGUGAUGAAGAAUCAGAUGACGACUGUGAUAGCCGCAAUGGUAAGACUUGCUCAUGCAAGAUUAUGUAGUUUUUAAGCUUGUGGUCGUGGUGGUUUCGCCAGAGCUGUUUUGGAAGGUCAGACAGAGCACGCAGGCCCAUGCAUUAAAAGGUUGAUUAUCUAUGCCCUUUGUUCAGCCAUCAUCACUUGAUGUAGAUGGAAUUUGACUCCCACCACUGGGAAGGAAGUCUCAGAAUGCAUACAAUGGCCAUCCAUUCAGAAUGUUUUUUUGUUUGUCAUCUGUUUUGUCUGUUGAUAUCCAGUUUCUUUAUUGUCAAAUUUAGCAUUUCCAGAAUAUCAUUGUUCUUUCAUUGUUAUUAUUACAUAUACGAAGUAUAUGCUUGUCAUUUUUGCCCCCAUUCUCGAGGUACUCAUUUUCUACAUGAUGAGAUGAAUCAAUUUCUUUUCU